UCGCAGUCAUCGCCUGUACCCUCAGUCCUGACCUCCUCCGGAGAUGGUGGCUGCGAAACGUUUCCUAUUGCGGUCUCGCUUCAACGCCCAAGUUUCGCUUGUACGCCGAACAUGGGCGACCUUUUUGGCCCCAGAGACAGUCAUUUUCAUGACGAAAAGGUGGUUGCUUCCAUUGUCCACUCUCCUGGGGCUUCCGAAUCACCGUCUCGUACAGAGUUUCCUUCAGCCCAAAGACCCUAA